UUAGAUCUGCCCUCUUGACGUCAGAGGGGGAGUUCUGUGACAGAACUUCCUCACACAUUUGAUUUUGCCCUACUAUUGCCUUAUAGUGUCUCAUCACCGCGGAAGCUUGGGAGGAAUGAGGUUUAGCCUCAGUCUCACAUACCUCUUUUCAUACAACUUGCUUCAGUUCUGUGGGCACACAUGGAUUUUCGCGAACAUGACAGCCAGAUUUCUCUCUUUUGGGGAAGAUGCCCAGGCUGGCACCUUCUAUUUUGUAGGUGUUAUGAUGGGGGUUUGUCAGCUUCUGUCUUUGUUAGAACUGUUUCACAUAGCCGAUGGUUUUGAGGAGUGCAGACUUUUCCCUCGCUUUAUGCAGGUGAUGGAGAGAAAUGUCCUUCUGUUUCUCCUCAUCAGUCUGGAAGAGUUUCAGAGUAAACCAAUCGUGUGUGUGCAGUUUUAUCUGUGGAAUAUACUGGGCCUUCUAAGGUAUCCACAUGAAUUAUUUUGCCUUUCAGGCACGCCAUAUUUUAAAAUGCUAUGGAUGCAUCAAACUCUGUCAGUUCCAGUGUACUUGCUGUCUGCUGUCACAGAAGGAAUAAGCAUUGUACAUAUGUUGCCAUACUGGUCUGAGUCUGAAGGAACGGAUUCAGUUCAACUUAAAGUACCUUCAUCACUGUACAUUUGUUCCCCAUUUAUGCUUAUGGGUUGGUUACUACUUCUUGUAUUAGGAUCCAGUUUAACAGUACUACUCUUGCUGAAGGAAAGGCAGGAGAUUCUGGCCAGCUGGAAUAAUAAUCUGAAGAAAGACUAACCAAGAGAAGAACAAAAUAUGAGUACAGGCCAUCCCAUUCAUCAAAGCCAAAUAUUCUAACCUUAGGAGUAUUAUGUUGGUGGAGGAGUGCAUUGCUGAACUGUGUAAUGGCAAAAUUUUAAAUAUUUAAACAUGUUAUCUGCAGCACAACAUUUUUAACUGAAAAAAAAAAUAAAAUAAAUCUCUUUAAGAACAUGAUACAGAACUGUGAGGAACAUACACACAAUGCCAUUUUUUGAUUAAUAAUAUUCUUGUGGUUGAGAUAAAUCAUGGUACUGAAAGACCCUAAUAACUCCCCUGACUAGAAAGCAUAAUAAUGCAUUUGUAUACGAGAAUAUCGUCACUGUCGGGUGGAAAUUUAAUCAAUUAAAAGUAUUAAAAAGAGCUUGUGACUAAACUUCUAACUCCAUUGGAUCCUCAAACUGUCAGUAAAAUGUCAUAUUUCCGCCCACCUCUAUCAUAAAUGAAGUGUCACAUUUUGGACCAUCUCUACUUGUUUGCAAUGCAAGGGUAAAUAAAGAACUAGCUUUUUGAAUAAA